ACACCGAAGGAGAAAUAAACUUUGCAGGGCGCUUACAGUCCUGCUAACAUUAUACUUCUUAAAUAAGGCUUUCUUUGGAAUAAAUUUAGCUCUUUAAUAACUAUGGACGUCGGUGAGCUGCUGAAUUAUCAGCCCGAGCGUGGAGGCAAGCGCUCGAGGGAGGACGCCGGCUCAGACGAGACUCGGCCCAAAAAGACAUUGAGCAGGGAGCCUCCGAGACCGGCUGGGCCGAUUCCAGAACCCAUGCCGGAAGACCCGGAGAACAGAGAGAGGAUCUUAGAGAAGCUCAUGGACCAGGACGAGGUGGACCCUGAGGGCGAGCCGGUGGACGAGGGCACGGUAAAGAAAAUGAUCCUGACCUUCGAGAAGAGGUCGUACAAAAACCAGGAGCUCAGGAUUAAAUUCCCUGACAAUCCCGAGAAGUUCAUGGAGUCUGAACUGGACCUGAACGACAUCAUCCAGGAGAUGCACGUGAUCGCAACCAUCCCUGAGCUGUACCACCUGCUGGUAGAGCUGAACGCUGUGCACUCUCUGCUCGGCCUGCUGAGCCACGAAAACACAGAUAUCUCUAUCGCUGUGGUGGACCUGCUGCAGGAGCUCACGGACGUCGAUACGCUCAACGAAAGCGAGGAAGGAGCCGAGGUCCUCAUCGACGCCCUGCUGGAGGGCCAGGUGGUGGCGUUGAUGGUGCAGAACAUGGAGCGGCUGGACGAGACGGUAAAAGAAGAAGCGGACGGAGUUCACAACACACUAGCUGUGGUGGAGAACAUGGCUGAGUUCAGACCGGGUCUCUGCACAGAAGCCGCUCAGCAGGGACUCAUGCAGUGGCUCCUCAAGAGGAUUAAAGCGAAGAUGCCGUUCGACGCUAACAAGCUGUACUGCAGCGAGAUCCUGGCCAUCCUCCUCCAGAACAACGACGGCACCAGAGAGCUUUUGGGUGAGCUGGACGGCAUCGAUGUGCUCCUGCAGCAGCUCUCGGUGUUCAAAAGGCACAACCCGUCCACGCCCGAGGAGCAGGAGAUGAUGGAGAACCUGUUCGACGCUCUCUGUUCCUGCCUCAUGCUGCCGGCCAACCGCGACCGCUUCCUCAAGGGGGAGGGGCUCCAGCUGAUGAACCUCAUGCUCAGAGAGAAGAAGUUGUCUCGGACUAGCGCCCUUAAGGUCCUGGACCACAGCAUGAUCGGCCCCGAGGGUGCUGAUAACUGCCACAAGUUUGUAGACAUCCUGGGGCUUCGCACCAUUUUCCCGCUGUUCAUGAAGACGCCGAAGAAGAUGAGGAAGGCUGGAGUGUCAGACAAGGAGCAUGAAGAGCACGUGUGCUCCAUCUUGGCGUCCAUGUUGAGGAACCUGAAGGGGCAGCAGAGGAGCCGUCUGCUCAGCAAGUUCACAGAGAAUGAGUGUGAGAAGGUGGACAGACUGAUGGAGCUGCAUUUUAAAUACCUGGAGGCCGUUCAGCUUGCAGACAGGAGGAUUGAUGGAGAGAAGCACGACAUGGUGCGGCGGGGCGAGAUCCUGGAUGAGGGCAUGGAAGACGAGUUUUACCUUCGACGUUUAGACGCCGGGCUUUUCGUCCUUCAGCUGAUCUGUUACAUCAUGGUGGAGAUCAGCAGUGCAGGAAUUCCACAGCUGCAGCAGAGAGUACAUCAGAUCCUGAACCUGAGGGGUGGAUCGGUUAAGAUGGUGCGACACGUCAUGAGAGAAUACGCAGAGAGCAUCGGCGACGGAAAGAACGAGGAGUACCGGCUGAGCGAGCAGAAACGGAUCCUGGAGCUUCUGGAGGAGUUCUAGCUCUAGCCGAUCAGAUCAGAUCCGGUCACUCCUGAUCACAGAACUUUGCGCUCCCUGUAAAUAAUACGUUUGAUAACUGAUUGAUAGACGUCGUGACUGACGGAUGAAGAGUUUUUAAACCGUGUUAAACGUAAAGGUCCAAACCGAGCCGUCUUUCUGUUUCUUCUUCUUUGCUGUGAUUUGUAUUUGGGUAAUUUGUAAAUCGGAAACGAUGUAAUAAAAUGUCCUUUUUCAUGUCA